AUGGAUCAAUUGGAAACAACAGAAAAGAAAGUAAACAAAAUGGAAGAGAUGAAUACCACAAAUGCAGGAGAAGACAAAUUGGAUGAUCUGACAGAAGUUAUAACAGUUAAAUCAAAUGACUCAGAUGGAUCAAAGGAAGUUUACAAUAGAGUUGAGGAGCCUAAAGAAGUGGCUGAGGAAUCUAAAGUUACUUCAGGGGCUAACAAAGUGACUGAGAAAGCCAACAAUGUUUCUGGAAAAGCUAAAGAAGCCAACAAUGUGACUUUAGAAGCUAACAAAGUGUCUUCAGAAGCUGACAAUGUAUCUUCAGAAGCUAACAAAAUGACUGAGGCAGAUGACAAGUUGGGUGAAGAAGGUAAAGAAGUGGCUGAAGAAGGUAAAGAAGUGAUUGAAGAAAAGAAAGAAGACAAAGUGGAGACAGAAUUAGAUAAGUAUUGGAAAGCUGUUAAUGAUAAUCCUACAGAUUUUACUGGCUGGACAUAUUUAUUACAAUAUGUUGAACAAGAGGGUAACAUUGAGUGGGCAAGAGAAGCUUAUGAUGCUUUCUUUAAACAUUAUCCUUAUUGUUAUGGCUAUUGGAAGAAAUACAGUGAUUUAGAAAAACAACAUAAUAAUGUAGAACGAGCUAGAGAGAUUUAUGAGCGUGGUGUUGUUGGAAUACCUCUAUCUAUAGAUCUAUGGUUACAUUAUAUUAAUUUCUAUAUAAUGGAAUAUGGUACUCAACCUGAAUCAGAAGAUUAUAUUAGAUUAUUGUAUGAAAGAGCUGUAUCUGCUGCUGGUACUGAAUUUAGAUCAGAUAAAUUAUGGGAUUCUUACGUUACCUGGGAGACCAGUAAAAACAAACUGAAGAACGUAACUCGAAUAUAUGACAAAAUAUUUACCAUUCCAACACAACUUUACAGCCACCAUUUUGACAGUUUUAAGAACCAUAUAAUGAAACACCAUCCUAAAGAAACAGUAGAGCUUGAUGAAUUUCUCAGAUUGAGACAAGAAGUGGUUAGACAGGCUAAAGAUGAUCAUGUUGAUGAUGGGGGUGGGGAGGAUGUUUCAACUACUACAGAUGCUCCACCAGGUACCACUAUUGAUGCACCUCCUGGAGUUGAAGAUACACAGUCUAGUUUGGGAGAUAAAGAAGAAGCUAGUAAGAUACAAGAGAAAAUUAUAUUACUAAGAGAAAUUAUAUAUAAAGAAAAUGAAAAUGAAGUCAGUAAAAGAUGGGCAUUUGAAGAAGCGAUUCGUCGACCAUAUUUCCAUGUUAAACCUUUAGAACGAUCUCAAUUAAAGAAUUGGAGAGAAUAUUUAGAUUUUGAGAUAGCUAAUGGUUCUCAUGAAAGAGUUGUAGUAUUAUUUGAGAGAUGUAUAAUAGCUUGUGGUCUAUAUGAAGAUUUCUGGAUAAAGUAUACGAAGUAUUUAGAACAACAUAGUGUAAUGGGUGUAAGAAAUGUUUAUAAGAGAGUAUGUCAAAUACAUCUACCAAAGAAACCUUAUAUACAUCUAGCCUGGGCAGCAUUUGAAGAAAGACAAGAAAAUUAUGCUGAAGCAAGUGAAAUAUUAAGAAAUAUAGAGAAGAAUGUGAAUGGAUUAGUUAUGGUAGCUUUAAGAAGAAUUAGUUUAGAGAGAAGAAGAGGAAAUUAUAAUGAUGUAGAAGAAUUAUUUGAAGAAUAUAUAAGAUCAGCAGACUCCAAUGCCUCUAGAUCUUUCUUCUCUAUAAAAUUUGCUAGAUAUUUACAAAAGAUAAGAGGAAAUACACCUAAAGCCAGAACAGUAUUAAAAGAAGCUUUAGCUCAUGAUGAAAAGAAUGAGAAGUUAUUUAUGCAGUUAUUAGAUGUAGAAUAUCAGUGUAAUCCAGUAGAGAUAGAUAAUGUCAUGGAAUUAUUUAAUAAAGCCUUUAAUGGUGAUUUACCUAAAUCUACUAAAGUCAAAUUGUCUCAAAGAAGAAUGGAAUUUCUGGAGGAUUUUGGAACUUGCAUCAAAAAAAUAUCUAAAGCUUAUGAUGAACAUCAGAAAUUAGUUAAAGAUAUGACUAGUGAAUCUAAAAAACGCUCUUCAAUUGGCAAAAGUGAAAGUCCUGAUGAAAAGAAAGUAAAAGUAGACAGUAAUGGUACCAGUGAUUCAGUUAGUAGAUCUCAUACUACACAACCAACUAUAGUAACUAAUACUAAUAGUACCUAUGAUUAUAACUGGGAUGCCUAUCAUAAUAGUGGUUAUCCAUACCAGUAUUAUACACCAGGUUAUGGUUAUUAUCAACAACAUUAUGGAUCAUCUUAUUGA